GGAUUUUGUUAUGCAUUAUUCUAUUCUAUUUUUGUCUUUGUAGCCUUCUGAUCUUUCUCUCUCUAUUCUUUUAGUAUAGUUUUAAUAUAGUAUUUUAAUAUAAUAUAUAACAUAAUAAAUCAGCCUUCUGAGCAAAUGGAGUCAAGCCUCGUGUCCUCACACUUGGGGCAUUCGCCAAGACAAGAAUUGGUGACCCCUGGACGUGUGAAAUUGAUGGUCACCCCAGGAGUGACCAUGGAGUCCAGCCUGGAGCUGAAGAAAUGAGACCCUGAAGAUGGGCAGAGUUCACAGCCAAGGCAAACAGGAGAACCUGUUGGACUUUCCUGGACAUUGUGUCCAGAGACCGCAGAGCAGCAGAGCUGCGCAGCUGGAUCCACAAGGACACUGUCUAAAGGUACUGUUAUUUUUUCCCUUCCUGAAGAUCCUGCCAUUCGCAGAAGGUGGGAGGAAAGUUGGAAAAAUGUACCUUCGGAAGCUCAGGUUCCGUUUACUGCAUCAGAGGAGAAAGUUAUUAAACUCUGGCACAGAUGGGGACACGAGGAUGGAAUUAUUAGUAUGUGGGAGAGACUGUGUUAUGAGUUUUUUAGAUGGGCAAAAUUUCAUAGAUUUUUUUACAAAUGUGGUAUACUCCCUCGAUUUAGAUCUUUGGGAGUUCAUGAAGGCUGCUGUUGAGUGGACAGAGGACCAGGGUGUUAAGUGCCCGAUAAUGUAUACAGUGUCCCGAUUCCUCUUCCGUGUUUUGAAAAAAAGGGAGGCUGCGGGGGGCAUCAUGCACCGGCGCGGUCGCGCUCCGUUCCCACCAGGUUCGGCACGAGAGGAGCCUCUUGCAGAAGACGAACCGCGAGUUUGCAGUCCCCCCGCAUCGCCCACAUCUGAGCAAAAGUUUUUCUCCGCUCCCUUGGAGCAUGCGCAGACAGAGCUGCCUUCCCCCCCCCCGGCUCUUUCUCUUGGGGGGGAUGGGGAGCCGGCCCCGCUGCUUUCCGGGCCGGGCCGGCCCCGCCCGCUCCGCCGUGGCAUUCUCCGCUCCCCCCACUGCGGGAGGCACCGGAUCCGACCCUGCCCCAGCCGGCCCCGCGGGAGGCGCCGCAGCCCGGGCCAGCUCCGCCGGCUCUGAUGACUGCGCCUGCGCCACGGCACCCGGAAGUACCACCUCCCGCCGAUUCGCCCGUGUUGCCAGUCAACGCGAUCAACAACAAUGGUUCCCCGGCACCGCGACUCGAGGCUGUGCUGCUGUCCCCGGGAGCUGCAGGAGCUGCCUCCGUGCCUUCUCCCUCUGCAUCCCAGCCGGCAACUGAAUUCGCAACGGUGCAGAUGGCGCCGGCGCGGGCCGACCCCAUGCCGAGCCUGCCGCUCCCUGCCGACCCAAUUGCAGUGCAAGAGCUUGCCAAGAAUGGUGCUGAGCCCACGGGACCGCCUCGAGAGACGACACCAGCGCCCGUGCUGCCCGCACCGCCCACCCCAGCUGUCCCGCCGGUUUCCGGAGCUCCGUCCUUCGCAUCAGACCCUGCGAAGAGCCUGUCCUUUCGUGGAGAGGGCAUGGCUCGCCAGCUGACCGCAGGAGCAGUUCGGCUGGCUGCGUUCAAACUCAGUGUGUUUUCUGGAUAAUUUCGCAUGUGGUCGGGGGCUUUUCCCUGGGGGUUGGGGUGCUUGCCUCCCCCCGAGCGCCCCAGCGGCGUGGGGGAGUUGGCUCCUGGAAAUUCUGCCUCUGGUUCCCAGCCCAGAGGGGAUGGGGGUGGUGCCAAGGGGCAGAAAGCAGGAGCAAUGGCAUUUGCCUUGCAGGAGCAAGAGAAACAGUGCAAAGCAAGCAUUGCUCACUUGCUCUGGGGACAAGGGUCCCUCAGAUGUGGGAUGAAAAUUCCUGAGAAUGCUUCUCUUCCCCAGCUGCCGGUGUGCACUGGUGCUUCUGGGGGGAGGAAGCAUUGGGUCAUUCCUGCUCUGAAGACACUGGCAGCAUGGUCCUGCCAGGUUCUGAGCACACAGAGCCCGCCUCACAGGCUGGUUCUGGGCCGUUUGGCUCAUUUCCCUGGGCCGGGGCCUCCACCCCCUCCAGUGUUGGGUUUGGGGACUUUGCUUUCCCCACAGGGACCUGGGCCACCGUUCUGUGGGCCAGGUCUGGGUUCUGUGGUCUGUCCACCAGGACCAGGGCCACCGAAGGGUCCUAGAGACCCCCUGCUGCUGCUGUUCUCUUCUUUUGAAAAAAAAAAAUUAAUAAAGAAAAGUGGAAAGAGCUAGCAGCUCAAAAGCAUUGAAAAGCCAAAAAUUAGCCUCAGCCCAAGUGGUUCAAUGAAGGGCUGUGGCCAGGGCAUUCCAGAAACUCUCUCUGAAUUGUUUGAUGACUGUCAAUGGAUUUUUGAUGAUUCUUGUUGAUUCUCUUUAGCAGUUCUUUGUUUCAGAAUUCUGCAAGCCUGUUUCAGGACCAAAGGGGACUUCCAGAGAUGUCAAAGAGGAACAUCUUCAGUCCAUGGACUUUGUCCUGAAAUUCAGCUGUUUGGACUUGAAACAAUGAACUUUCAUUGCAUGAGUUUUUUGCAUUUUCUUAUAUUUUAAGAUUGUUUUAUUGAUAUGAUAGAAUUUGAUGUUUUAUCGGUGAAGAAUUUCCCUGAAUGUUCUACAGGUGAAGAAUUUCCCUGACCAUUCCACAUCAGCAGUUGAUUGAGGUUUUGAUUGGCAACAGAUGAACCUCAAGAAAUGUUUGUUCUCUCUUCUGCAAGGGCCCAGUAGAAGAAAUUACAAACAUUCUUUUUUCUAUUUAAUUUAAUAAAUUUUAAAGGGUGAAAUGUAGCCAUGAUAUUUUAUGAAAAAUCCUUUCCUAGGAUUUUUCCCCUCCUGAGAGCUGAGUGCCUCAGGAAAGAAAUGUAAACAAUAACUAUCUGCUGCUGUGGAAUUCAACAGGUGCAUCUUUCAUUGGUCCAUGUGGAUUGUUUUCAAUUAGUGACCAAUCACAGCCACCUGUGCCAAGGCUGUGAGCAGUCACAGGAUUUUGUUAUGCAUUAUUCUAUUCUAUUUUUGUCUUUGUAGCCUUCUGAUCUUCUUCUCUCUCUGUUCUUUUAGUAUAGUUUUAAUAUAGUAUUUUAAUAUAAUAUAUAACAUAAUAAAUCAGCCUUCUGAGCAAAAUGGAGUCAAGCCUCAUGUCCUCACACUUGGGGCAUUCGCCAAGACAAGAGUCCACAGGGAAUGACCACUGAAAAUCUCACUGGAAGCUCAGCUGGCACAGACCCUGCCUUUGGACUUUGCUGUUCAUAACAUCCAACCAGGAGACUGGGUCCUAGUUAAGGAGUGGAAAGAAGCACCGCUGGUGAUGAAGUGGCGUGAACCUUUCCAAGUGUUACUGACCACAGAAACAUCCGUCAAGACAACUGAAUGCAGGUGUACCCAUCACACUUGGGGCAAGGUCUCUGAAGCCCCAAAGGUUUGGACAUCUCAGCUGGAGGAGGCUGUGACUGACACUCUGCAGGAGUUGACUGGAGCACCAGCCAGGGCGCCAGCAUUGGGGGAAGCCUUGUGUGCCUACCCACAGACUCCCUGCUGAAAUAAUCUGUAUGGGGAUCCCUCCUUUAGAAUCUCCAGUCACUGGGGCUAAUCCUCACUGUCGUUUUCUUUAUGUUAAGUGGUUUCUGUGCCUUCACUCAUCACAGGUGGUGCAGAAGACAGUGUGAAAAUUAGUUUAGGAAAUUAGAUUACACCAUUAGAAUGUUUUCAUUAAUAAUCUUACCUUUAUAUUGUCAGUUAGGUUUUGGCCAGAGGUGGGUGAAAAAUUUUUUUAGUCCUAGGAGAAGAAGUAGCAAACACUUCUAACCUUAACAAUUGUUGGGUCUGCAGAGGGCCAGGAAGAUCUGACAACUGGCCAUGGGUGGCCAACAUGCCUAUCUCAAGUUACCUCCAAACUGGUGAGGGAUGUGUUAUGUAGGGUAUAUUAGACCGUUGUUCUUUCUGCUACCACAACUUCGGGGAUAUCAGUUAGGAAUCAAGGUAUAUGAUUAUCUAAUUAGAGAUCCAGCAGCCCUGGCUGGAGGGAGCACUCAAAACAGGAAAAACAUGAAUGGCCACCUGAGUGAAUCAUACAACACUACGGACCAGCCACUUGGAAUCCUGAUUAAUUAAUAUCAGGUGCCAGAGAACCCAUUUAUAAUUUAAACUGGAUAAUUAGGUUACAAGCUGUCUUUGAAAUAAUAAUUAACCAGACAGCUACAGCUCUCGACCUUCUUGCUGACCAAUCCAUUCAGAUGAGGAAUGCAAUGUUUCAACAUCAGAUGGUAUUAGAUUAUCUAUUACCAGAAGAAAGGGGGAGUGUGUGAAAAAUUAAAUUACUCUAACUGCUGUUUGCAAAUAGAUGACAAUGGAAAAGUGGUUAAACAAAUAACAAAGGGAAUAAGAAAUUUAGCUCAUGUACUAGUCCAAACAUGGAAGGGAUGGGAACGGGACAUGUUUUUGUGGUUACCUGGUGAACUAUGGGUUAAACGAAUGCUUUUUUUCCCCUCUUAUGUACUGUAGCAACUCUCAUCUUUUUACCAUAUGUGAUCCCUUGCUUAGUGCAACUUAUUCAACAUGUGAUCAAGGAGACACAGGUAGCAGCCAGGCCUACUAAUCCAGAAAUGGCUACAAAAAGACAGAACAUUAUGUCUGCAAAUAAUUGCAAAACCAAAAAGAACCCAAGAACAGAAAGUUAAGUCAAUGAUAACUAAGGUUUGUAAAGACAGUUAUUGAGAAAAUAAGAUGAGGAGGGAUUGAAAGGAAUGAGGAGGAUGAGUCUUUACAAAUUGUAGGCCUGAUGGUAGAUAAGGCCAGAUACGAAGAGGUGAAAGAAACAAUGGGGGGAACCAUAAAUUCCAUAGGAAUUCCACUAAUUGACACAGACUGUUGCUCACCCAAGGCUGUGCUAAAUCUCUGGAUUUAGAGAAAAAGAACAGAGACACAAGGAAAAAGAAAAAUGCGGGGGGGAUACAUUAGAAGGACUCUUAGGCGUUUUGGCAAGUCUGUACCUCUCAAGUACCUCGGCCAAUGGGGAAAGAGAGAAGGGAAAUGUGGCCGGGAAAUUAGGAUAGAAAGGAGGCUGUGUCCCCUAAAAAUUUGAGAGACCCUAGGGGAAAUGCCCCAUGGCCUCUCCCUUUAUUCAAAUAAAGUUACAGGACUCCUCUGUCUCCUUUUUGGACAUAAACCUCUGGUGUUCAUGGAUUAAUUUUCCUGACAGAAAGAAAGAGAAAAAACAACAAUUUUGUCCGGAACAUUUUAUAUUUGGUACAGAACUCACUGGUCACCAUGCUGCCCAGUUUAAUCAUGGGGCUCUGGCACCUAAGCUUGUAUACUUCUCUGUAUAAAUGGUACAAUUUGCCUGGGAUAUGGCUCUUUUUUAGAUCAUGGUCUUUGCUUUUGAUAGUCUAUUAGAUCUGUACAGUGUGUGCUUGACACUUUUAAAUCAAAAUCGAUAUAGCUAUAGCUUUCUUAAGCUGUUUUUUCAAACAUGAAGCAAAAUGCUGUACAUGAAAAUUGAGAGAAGCAAAAUAAUUUUUCCCAUGAAAAUUAUUUCACUAUAAUUGUAAACAAACCACUCCUAAAUCAUUAUCAAAGCAUGUUUCUUCACCUGAUUAACUGUUUUCAGGAUUGUGGACCAAUAAUGUAAUUAUCAGGCACUUUCAAAAAAAAAGGAAAAAUAACUUCUAAAGAAACAGUUGCUCUGUUUAGCCUCAUUGUGCUCUCUGCCUUGUCUUUCAACAGUACAUUGUAGUCAGCAAAGCUAUUGAACUGGACUGUUUGGCAGCUGUCAGGAGGUCCAGGAAGAAAGGUGUUUUCAGGUGUUGGAAAAUAACCAUUUAGCUUUUGCCCUUAUUACUAACUAAUCUUUUGUUCUCAAUGAAGGCUGACAAAUUCUUUCAAGAGGUGAUAAGAAAUUACUCCUGCCUUCCUUGGCAGACACCUGUCUUUUAAACAGGACAGCUGCCCUUCUACAAGAUAUCAAAGGCUUGCAACCAUGAGGCUUCUUCCCUUUUGUCUGAAGAAGACCUCAUCUACUAUUACUUCUUAAUUGGGCAGUCUGUAGCCAAUACUCAUCCCAAUGUUACAUGUGUUGGUCUGUCCACUAAUCCUGAUCCAAAAGCUCUUAUCAUCUACCCCUAGACAGAGCUCCAGGCAACCUUGCUCCUUCCUCACAGCUCUCUCUUUGCCUUUCCAGCCUGCCCUUCCUGAAGAGCUAGUAUCCAGCCAUUGCAGCACUACAGUCCUGUGAGCCAUCACACCAGCUCGUUGCAAUCCCAAUGAGAUUAUACACCCCCAAGUGCAUACAGGCCUCAUAUUCUUCCUGCUUGUUUCCUAUGCUGUGUACAUUAGCAUACAGACACUUCAGAGAGGCCCACCAUCAUGUUGAUUUUUGCAGAAAGGGUGUGAGCUUCCCCCAUCGUGCUGUCCUCUCAGCAUGUCCUUAUUUGUCCAUGUACACUUAAAGUCAGCCCCCUUCUGCCCUGUUUUAUUGGUGUCAAGGUGCGUUUUGUCCACAUCACCCUGAACCUUUUGCUUACCAACCUAGGCCACCAUGCCCAUGCUGGAGCAAGUUUGCUGGCAGGAGUUGUGACCCCAUGGCAGACCCAUGCUGGAGCAGUUUGUGCCUGAAGGACUGCACCCCAUGGAAGGGAUCCAUGCUGGAGCAGUUAAUGAAGAACUGUAGCCUGUGGGAAGGACUCACAUUGGAGAAGUCCAUGGAGGACUGUCUCCCAUGGGAGGGAUGCCAUGCCAGAGCAAAGGAAGAAUGUGAGGAGUCUGUCCUCUGUGAAGGAAGGAGCAACAGAGGCAACAUGUGAUGAACUGACCACAACACCCAUUUCCCAGCCCUUAGGGGAAGGAGGUAGAGAAUCAGGACUAAAGCUAAGCCCAGGAAGAAUGGAGGGGUGGGGGGACAGUGUUUUUAAGGUUUGGUAAUAAAUCCAAUAAUUUCCCCAAGUCAAGUCUGUUUUGCCCAUAACAGUAAUUGGUGAGUGAUCUCUUCCUGUCUUAAUCUCAGCCCAUGAGCCUUUUGUUAUAUUUUCUCUCCCCUGUCCACUUGAAGAGGGGAGUGAUAGAGAAGCUUUGGUGGGCAUCUGGUAUCCAGCUAAGGUCCAGCCACCACAUUUGCAUGCAUGAUAAAUGAAUGAUAAAUGGUUUAUUUGCAGAGGAUAUGGUGCAUAUAUUACUACUUAGGAGAAUCCCAUAACAGUCACUUUCAUAAGCCAUGGAGAACACCUCUGCCAUCAAACUUCAUUCCCCACUGCAUUCAGUUAAGUCUUAAACAGCUAUAACAUAAUCAAAGUUAACACAACCUAAAUAUCCUAAUUAGCAAAGAUUCUAACCAAAGACACCAACUAUGUUCUGUCUAGCUAUACUGACAGUGAAGUAGAUUUAGUGGGACUGUUCUAUUGAUGUGGUAGAGUGGAUCCAAGAUUCCAGCUCACUACCCAAACUGGAAGAACUAGACAGUGGAUGUGGAUGCUCCAACUUCUAGAUUUUUACCACUAGAAGAUGCAUAGCACACAUGCACAACUUUACUAGCCACCACUAGCUUAACACUGCUUCAGUAAUUAAGCUCAAAAGCAGAGUUCAAAACCCUCCAAACCCUAGGAAAAUAACAGCUAAUAAAUGAAGAAGCAUUAUCUGAGUUGCAGCCUACAUUAAAUUAGCUUAAAUGUACUUGGCUAAAUGAUAUUAACUUAGAAUGUGCAGCAGCUGUACCUAUAGUGAGAUUAUAACAAACAGGUACUCUGAACAGGUUUUGGUUCAAUUUUAAUGCUUUUGUGUAACCCUGGUUAAUUGGAAAAAAUUGCUCAACUGUCCUGGGUAAUCCAAAAUGUUAUUGUAUUCCAUAUCUAUCUGUGUGAUGUCAUAUGCUAAUAUUGUUACUCUCUCUUCAAGACCUGGUGGCUAGAAACAGAACCAUUGAGGUUGGCAGAUGCUGGGGUCCUUUUAAGGUCAGGUCAGGGACACUCAGGCAGAGGCUCUCUUGCCCUUUCUCUUUUGUUCUCACCAGGAAAGCUGAGGCAGAUCUUUGGACCUUUUUUUUCCUUUCUUUUUUGCUGCCACCACCUAGGAUAACCAGUCAUGGUACCAUGCCAAGAAAAACAGAACAGCCCCUACUCCAUAUGGUUGCCCCAGCCCACCAGCAGUGCCUGGUUGAAUCAGGAUACGGAGCCUGAAUUAUCCUAGCUGGCUGCCUGCUGCUUUUGCUGAGGAGAAGGCAUAGUCCCUCCACGAGUUCCAGCUGCAAAUCCAGUUCCAGCCGCCAGUUUUUGGCUGCCUUAGUCAACAGAGCUGCCACCAUCAGAGAGAUAAGAGGGGCAUUUGGCUGUUUUUUGGAGUCUAAGGUUUUUUAAAAUUUUGCCCUUGUUCCCUGUUAGUUGUUUUUUGGGGGAAGAGAGAGUUUUUGCUAUCGCAGAGGUUCAGUUGCUGUGCUGUUUUUCUUUAUUUGUUCUCUCUCUUCACACGUGGUUGGGAGUGGUUGUUGUCCACCAUUUCUGCCUUUAACUCUCAGACCAUGACAUUGUCUACAGAGGGCAUCAUAUUGGGGGAGGGGUUUCUCCACCAUUUUGUUUUCUUUGUUCCUGGGGAGUCCAUGAGAUUCAGCACCUUUGUAUCUAGUGAUUAUUAUUGUUAUUUUUGCCUGCUGCUGUUUUGUUUUUCAGUAAACUGCCAUUUUUUCACUUA